AUGUGGCGCUGUCUAGGGACCUUCUAUUCCUUUAUUAUCUUGGGUGCCAAUGAUGGUGCAUACGGAGCGCUUAUACCCUACCUCGAAAGAUUCUAUGGAGUCAACUAUACAGUCAUAAGUCUAAUAUUUCUGUCACCAAUAGUUGGCUAUACUAUGUCUGCUCUGUUGAACAACUACAUCCAUACCGUGUACGGACAAAGAGGUGUUGCGUGGAUCAUGAGCAUGUCCCAUCUGUGCGCUUAUACCGUCAUAUGCGUUCAUCCGCCUUAUCCUGUUUUGGUAGUAGUAUUUAUUCUUGCCGGCUUUGGCAAUGGUUUGGGCGACAGCGGAUGGAAUGCCUGGAUUGGCGACAUGGCUAAUCCCAAUGAAGUGCUUGGCUUCUUGCACGGCUUUUACGGUCUUGGUGCAGCACUUUCGCCGUUGAUCGCGACAACACUGGUUACUCAAGCGGGCUGGCGAUGGUACGAAUUUUACUACCUCAUGGUGGGCGCAGCACUUUUGGAGGUUGUAUUUCUCGUUGGCACUUUCUGGAAAGCCGAUGGCCGAGCCUACAAUGCUGAGCACCCUCAGACUGCUGACCUGGAUACUUCAGAAUCAAGCACUCCUACCACCUCAGAGGACACGGGCACCCGUGCUCAAGCCGAUAAGCACCGAAAUUUUUUCUCCAGACUCAGCCCGCUCGGCAAAAGAGCCAAGGGCAAGAGCAAGACCCUGGAAGCGGUCAAGCAAAAAGUGACGUUGCUCGCCUCAGUUUUCCUGCUUAUCUAUGUGGGUGUCGAGGUCAGUGUUGGCGGAUGGAUCGUGACCUUCAUGUGGCACGUCAGGAAAGGCUCGCCGUUUGCCUCCGGACUCACCUCCAUGGGGUUUUGGCUUGGCAUUACCACCGGUCGAUUGAUACUUGGUUUCGUGACGGCUCGGGUAUUCAAGUCAGAAAAGCACGCGAUAGCUGUGUACUUGUUGUGCAGCGUGGCCUUGCAGUUGAUGUUCUGGCUCAUUCCGAACUUCGUCGUCAGCGCGGUCAUGGUUGGCAUGCUGGGCUUCUUCCUGGGACCCUUGUUCCCCGCAGCCAUUGUGGCCCUCACCAAGUUACUCCCGAAGAGGCUGCACGUACCCGCGGUUGGGUUUGCCGCUGCUUUCGGAGCGAGUGGCGCAUGUGUGCUGCCGUUUGCUGUGGGGGCGAUUGCCAAUGCCAAGGGGGUCAAGGUGUUGCAACCGAUCAUUCUGGCAGCCUUGGUGCUAUGCCUAGCAGUGUGGUUGUUGGUUCCCAAGCUCCCCAAACAGAGGAUGGCCUAG